CUGAUAUAUUAAAGUAUUUCAGGGGAAGUCGAUCGAAAUCACAUUUCCCAUUACAACAUGAUUGAUUAGAAAAUGGUAAUAUCCUGAAAAGCGCUUGCGCAUUUAAAACCUAGCAAACGAACCGCACUGGCAACAACCAGCGUCCGUACUGCGGCGGUUCAAAGAAAAUCCGUUAUACUCGCAUUAAAUUGAAAAGUGAAUAUCUCAAUUCCAUGUUUAUUCUUUAAAACCCCGUUUCUACACUCGCACGGCAAGAAAAAUCAUCGACAUCGAUCCAACGGCAAUUCCCAGAGUUAUUAAUCAAACGUUUCAGUGCAUCCAUAAUAAAUUUUCAGUUAGUGCUGUAACGAUUUCAGUGUCAUCGUUGUCGUCCAUUAUUUUAUUUCUAAAAAAACGCAAAAAUUAUUAAUUGUGUAUUAAUGAGAAAUUAGAACCAAUUCUUAUUUUUUCGUCAAAUUGAAAAUGAUUUAAAUAAAAAUUAAAGAAAGAUUAUUUAUUCUUUUAAAUAUGUUUUUGGUGUGCACGUUAAAAGAAGUGAUUAAAUAUUUCGAAAUCGAAGAGUAUCUACAGGGUGUUUUCGAUGAUUUUCAAGUGUUGGAAACGUAAACUUAAGCUACAUGACAAUAACAAAUUGUAAAAUGUCGACUAGUAAACGGGCUUCCGCUAGAAGAUCUGAUGACACAAUGGAUGAUGACUCGGACGAUAAAGAUUCUAAACGAAAAUCCAGAAAUUUAAGCGAAAAGAAACGUCGUGAUCAAUUCAAUCUUUUAGUAAAUGAACUCAGUUCAAUGGUGUCCACUGGGAGUCGAAAAAUGGAUAAAAGCACCGUGUUAAAGUCGACGAUAUCAUUUUUAAAGAAUCAUAAUGAAAUAGCUGUUAGAUCUCGAGUACAUGAAAUUCAAGAAAAUUGGAAACCAACAUUUUUGACCAACGAGGAAUUCACCCAUUUAAUUUUAGAGGCUGUCGACGGUUUUAUCAUAGUUUUUUCAACGUCGGGACAAAUAUUUUACGUAUCAGAAAGCGUUACAUCGCUCCUCGGCCAUUUACCGAACGAUUUACUCACAACAACCAUUUACGAAGUUGCUUGCGAAGAAGAACAAAACGAACUUUAUAAUAAAUUAAUUGAGCCGAAUAACGACGGUGAAAGACAAACUUCGUUUUCGUGUCAUUUAAGAAGAGGCGAGCCCAUGAAUAAACAACCAAAUUCGUACGAAUUAGUUCAUUUUACUGGAUAUUUUAGACCAGAUUCAGAAAUGACCCAAACCGAUAAUUCUAGAUAUAGCGGAUACUCAGGUGAAGCAGAUACAAGAUUGGUAUUCGUUGGAACAGGCCGAUUACAAACGCCUCAACUGAUCCGGGAAACUCCAUUGAUCGAUUCAGGGAAAAUAGAGUUCACCUCUCGUCACAGUUUGGAAUGGAAAUUUUUAUUUUUAGAUCAUCGAGCUCCCCCAAUAAUCGGAUAUUUACCAUUUGAAUUGUUAGGAACCUCCGGGUAUGAUUAUUAUCAUAUCGAUGAUUUGGAUAAAGUUGUGAGUUGUCAUGAAGCUUUAAUGCAAAAAGGGGAGGGAACUUCUUGUUACUAUCGAUUUUUAACGAAAGGCCAACAAUGGAUUUGGUUACAAACUAGGUUUUAUAUUACAUAUCAUCAAUGGAAUUCUAAACCUGAAUUUAUCGUGUGUACACAUAGAGUUGUAAGUUAUGUUGAUGUAAUGAAAAGAAAUAAAUUUGAAGAUACAAUAAUUCUUUACCAAGAAUCCUCACCAAAUAGUGAUAAUGUCUCUUGUGCCGCUUGGAAACCUUCGUCAAAGUCAAGACCAGCUUACGAUCCUUCCUCAGAUUGCACUUCAAUGUCAGCUGAUUCUCCAGCUUCUCGACAUUCAGCAUUAACUCAAUUAUCUGUGAAGUCGAGGGCUAGUAGGCAAGCAAAUACUCCAACUCAAUCAACUUCGACCCCGACUCAAUCGACUUCGAGGGGAGGAGCUCAACCGGUUCAAUCGCAAAGUAGUAGUAAUAAUAAUUCGUUUAUGGAACCACCACAAUAUGUAGCUACAAUUCCUAUGCAACCAAUUAUUGCUAGUUUUCCUCAACCUGCUGUUUUAUCACCACUUCCGCCUGUUGAAGGUAUGUUAUCUCCGGCACAAAAUCAAUUACAAGCGGAUCUUCAACGAAAACAUGCUGAACUUCAAGUGUUGAUUGGUCAACAACAAGCAGAAUUAAGAAGGGUUUCUGAGCAAUUGUUGAUGGCCCGGCUUGGUUUGUUACCACCAACACAAAAUGAAAAUCAAGCACCCGUUUCUUAUAACAAUUCUGAAACCGUAAGUAGUACAACUGCCAUGGCAUCAGUUCCAGGUCCACAAAUAAUAGUACCAGUUACAAUACCGGUCACUCAACAACAACAGAACAUUCCUUACUCACCCCAUGAAGAAAAAUAAAUAAAAAAACAAAUUGUGUUAUUGCAUUAUUAGGAAAGUUAAAACGCACAAAAGUGGGUUAUAAAAAACUAAAGGUGAUUAAAUAAGUGUGUUAAAUUAUAUUCUAAAAUGAACCAGAAAACGUAAAAAAGAAGAUUUAUUAUUGUGAUAUUGUAACUGAGGGAUAAACAAAUAGGUUGUAAAAUUAACUAUUUCUAUAUCCGUGUAUGUAUAUAGUAUAUUCGUGUUAUAAACUUCUUUUUCUAUUAAAGAAUUGGAGUGAAAAA